CCGGAAGCGUUGUGUAACUGCCACUUUUUAAAUUUACAGCGAGCACGUGGAGUCUAUCUUGCCAUAUAACACGGAUUUCAGCCUGGAUUUUGUCCCAUUUUCUUCUCAAAUAUUCAUUCAUUACAAUUAGUUGUAUUUUGCUCGUGUUUUCAAAUAUUGUUACUGAACUACAUUUCCCUGCAGCAGCGGCUGUGACAUAACCUGCGGUGUGGAGGUAAACAUGGCGGCGGUCGGCACACUGGCCAAAGUUGCCAGACUGAGCUCAAGCCUUUGCAGAAGCCACCGUUUAAUAUUCAACAGGAGCUCCCAGAGACGAGGGAUAGCUUCAUGCAUCGACCCUGCUCAUGGGCUCUCAGAUGAACAGAGGGAGUUUCAGAAAGUGGCCUUCGACUUUGCAGCCAAUGAAAUGGCUCCAUACAUGGCCGAGUGGGACCACAAGGAAAUAUUCCCAGUGGAGACAAUGCGGAAAGCUGCCCAGUUGGGGUUUGGUGGGAUCUAUGUUCAGCCAGAAGUGGGAGGAUCAGGGCUCUCUCGCCUGGACACAUCAGUCAUCUUUGAGGCUUUAUCCACAGGAUGCGUCAGCACCACGGCUUACAUCAGUAUUCACAACAUGUGUGCCUGGAUGAUAGACACCUUUGGUAAUACUGAGCAAAGGGAGAAGUACUGUCCUGAUCUCUGUUCAAUGGAAAAGUUUGCCUCCUAUUGCCUCACUGAACCAGGCAGUGGCAGUGACGCUGCUUCCCUUCUGACCACCGCACAGCUGAAAGGAGACCACUACAUCUUGAAUGGCUCUAAGGCCUUCAUCAGUGGAGGUGGAGACACAGACGUCUACGUGGUCAUGUGCCGAACAGGAGGCAAAGGAGCGAAGGGCAUCUCUUGCUUGGUGGUGGAGAAGGGAACUCCCGGGCUGAGUUUUGGCAAGAAGGAAAAGAAGGUGGGAUGGAACUCGCAGCCUACCAGGGCGGUGAUAUUUGAGGACUGCGCGGUUCCAGUGGCCAAUCGGCUCGGUGAAGAGGGACAAGGCUUCACUAUUGCCAUGAAGGGCCUGAAUGGAGGCAGGAUCAAUAUUGCCUCCUGUUCUCUUGGGGCGGCACACGCCUGUGUACAGCUGGCAAGAGAUCACCUGUUGGUACGCAAGCAGUUUGGAGAGACUCUCUCCAACAACCAGUAUCUGCAGUUCAGGCUGGCGGAAAUGGCCACCAAGUUGGUUGCGUCGCGUCUUCUGGUGCGUGAAGCUGCGACGGCGCUGCAGGAGAACAGGCCUGAUGCCGUGUCCCUGUGUUCCAUGGCUAAGCUCUUUGUCACAGACGAGUGCUUUAAUAUCUGCAACCAGGCGCUUCAGAUGCACGGCGGCUACGGUUACCUUAAAGACUACGCCGUGCAGCAGUUUGUCCGCGACAUCAGAGUGCACCAGAUUCUGGAGGGAACAAAUGAGGUGAUGAGGAUGAUCAUUUCCCGAAGCCUGCUCACAGAGUCAUGAUAACUCUCUUUGUGGACCUUCAAAUAACUUCAAAUACCGGCCAUAUUGUAAUGGUCUUGACCUCUGGUUUGAUGCUGUUUGACUGGUUUCCUCCAGUGUCCUCUGCACCACGGUUGUUCAGUUUAUCACACAGGUAAUUGCAGAUUCUGGGUUAAACCGGUCAGUGAGGCCUCGCUGUUUCCAGUGUCAUAUUGAAUCAUGUUUCCUUUUUUUUUUUUUUUUUUUUCUAGAAAAGCUGCUCCUCUAGAUUUAUUUUACUCUAUUUAGCACAAGUGGUUUGUUACCUCCAUCACUCAGAAGCAAAUAAUUCACAAACAUCUGAGUGUUAUUGAUAGUUUUUUGCAUUAAACAAAAUGUCACAUCCAUGGCAUCUUGUACAUCUUCAUCCUCAAGUGGCCUUUCACAUCCUCUGUUCAUGGUUACUGAUGUGUUAUUGUAUUUUAUCCUGUUGUGUUUCCUGUAAUAAGUAAUAUGUUUGAAGUAGAAUAUACUGCAAGCUACCCCAGGUAGGAUUAUGUGGUAUGUGUGCCCAGCAUUGUGGUGUUCAAAAUGCCACUUUGCAAACUACAUUUAUCAAUCACACUCCAAAUAAAAAAUAAAAUAAAAUAAUGUCUGCUCCUUUGUGUUAGUGU